CGCAGUUGGUGGGGGAUUGCCGACUCCUCCAUCCUCUUCUCGGGCAGGCGGCGGCCGCGGCUGCUGAGGGGCCGCACGGAGCCUUCUCCCCUCUGCUCGCUAGCGCCUGGGCCGGCCGGGCUCGUCCGGAUAUGGCUCGUGGACAGCAGAAGAUUCAGUCGCAGCAGAAAAAUGCCAAAAAGCAAGCUGGACAGAAAAAGAAACAAGGACAUGAUCAGAAGGCUGCAGCCAAGGCUGCCUUAAUAUAUACCUGCACUGUUUGUAGGACACAAAUGCCGGACCCCAAGACCUUCAAACAGCACUUUGAGAGCAAGCAUCCUAAGACUCCACUUCCUCCAGAAUUGGCUGAUGUUCAGGCAUAAAGUUGUUUACAGGUGAAUUCAUGGCACCUAUUGACUCAUCUACAGUCAGACCUUACGUAACAAAUCUGCAGCUGCUUUUCUAACAAACUGUUGAUCAGCAAAAAUGAAGGGGUUACAGAAACAUUCAUAUUUUUAUGCUGUUCUCUCUUGAGCUUCAUGCAAAGACGAUUCUGUGUAAAUGUACAGUUGUGCCCUAUUUGGAAAUCCUGAAAACCAGUCCAUACUUGUUAUAAACAUUUUUUACAAUUGUAAUUAUACUGAUGUUCAUAUUGUGUAAAAUAACUCAUUUAAUAAAGUAGUAUUUUGAUUUUUACAAUA